CCGCAACAGCAAUAUGCUGCUGGAACUCCCAUCCCAGGACCUGGAUACCCUCCAGUCCCUGCUUCUGGCGGAUAUCCUGCUCCCGCUGGUUAUCCAGGAUAUCCUCCGCAGCCUGCCUCGGGUGGAUAUGGAUAUCCUGCUGCAGGUGCACCAGCCUAUGGAUACCCACCACCACAAGCGCCCCCUGCACAUGGAUACCCCCCACCACAGGCUCCUCCUGCAUCAGCAGGUUACGGAUACGCUCCUCCUACAGCUACUUCUCCUGUGCCACCUCCUACAGCGCCUUUUCAUUCAACGAUGCAACAUGCUCCAACACUACAACAUGCCCCUACAAUGCAACAUGCUCCUACAAUGCAACAUGCUCCUACAAUGCAACAUGCCCCUACAAUGGCACCUGAUGCAGAGACCAUUCAUGCUGCAUGCAGAGGCUUUGGCACGGAUGAAAAGCGUGUCAUUAGUGUUGUUGCCAACAGAACACCAGAUCAUCUGGCUAUGGUCACAUCGGUCUAUAGGCAGUUUUAUGGUCGAGACUUGGUGGAGGUGCUACAAAAGGAAACCAGUGGACAUUUUGGAAGAGCACUACACUAUUUGAUUUUGCCACCAAUUACUCUGGAUGCUGAACUUAUUCAUGAAGCAGUUGUCGGUGCAGGAACUAACGAAAGAUGCUUGAUCCAAGUCCUGGUCGGAAGAACGAAUGCAGAUAUGGCGCAGCUCAAGGCAAUGUACUAUGCCCGAUACCAUAAAUCAUUGGAAAGUGAUGUCAAAUCGGAUGUGAGCGGGUAUCUUGAGAAGUUGUUUAUGGUCUGUAUGCAGGGUACGAGGGAUGAGGUUGGACAUUAUCAAUAUAAUGUGGAAGCAGACGUUCACAGUCUAUACAAGGCUGGAGAAGGACGCAUGGGCACAGACGAAUCGCAUUUUAUCCAUAUUCUCACCAACAGACCCGAUGCUCAUUUGCGCCUUGUCUUCCAACAAUAUCAAUCACGAUACAAGAAGAAAUUCACCAAAGUUAUCAAGAAGGAGUUCUCGGGCUGGAUUAAGACUGCACUUUGCUAUUUAGUCAAUUGGAUCAAUAGUCCUGCUCAUUGUAUUGCCAAAAACCUGGAGAAGGCCAUGGAGGGUAUGGGAACGGACGAUGCAUCGUUGACACGCCUGCUCGUUAGGAACAGGUCGCAACCAUUUAUGAAUGACAUUAAGGCCGCCUACGCUGCAAAGUAUAAGAAAUCUCUACGCGACAGAAUCAAAGGCGAAACAAGUGGAGAUUAUCGCCGCACUCUCCUCGCUAUCAUUGGCGAGCCAGAGCGCUCUGCUUAGUGUGUCU